AGCUGGAUCCACCAAUUUUUUUAUUUCUCAUUUCUGAUUCCUCUUUCUCACUCCUCCUUAUUAUAUCUGCGGAGUUUUUUUCCCGUAACUAGAGGAUAUAAACCCCUAAAUUGAAAAACAAAAAAGAAAAGCAAAACCUUAUGCGUUGGUUUCGCUGACACACUCGGACAAGCAAACUGCCUCCGAAUCCGAUCAAUGGAAAACUCAGAAGAAGGAAACGAAGAAGUUCCAUUCCCUCCAAACCCUAACAAUUCCAAUGCCAAUGCAGCUGAAGAAGAAGACGAAAUCGACGAAGAAGAAGAAGAAGAAGACGAAGAAGAGGAAGUAGAAGAAGACGACGACGUCGUUUUGGAGGAACCGAAUCUGCGAUUGUCGAGGUUGAGGGAGCAGCGGUUCAAGCUGGAAACCCUGGGGCGGCGAUUGUCGUCGGAGCUAGUCCCUAUCCGAGUCCACGACGUGCUGAUUCGUGGCAACACGCAGACGAAGGAUUGGGUGAUCGAGGCGGAGCUUAAGGUGAUCGAGGAUGCAACCAGCAUGCAGGAGCUUCUUCGCGCCUCCGAAAUCGCCCUCGCCAGGCUUCAGAGCCUUGGUAUUUUCGAUUCCAGCAAGGUCAGCCUGGAGGCGGGACCGCCGGAGUUGCCUCACACUGCCAAUGUCAUCGUCGACGUCGUCGAGGCCGCUAACAAAAUCUCCGGUGAAUUUGGCGUUUAUACCAAACCCUCGACUAGUUCUUGGACUGCUGAAGGUGCUCUUAAGUACAAAAACUUGUUAGGUUAUGGUGACCUAUGGGAUGCUUCUUUGGGCUAUGGUGCCAACCAAGCUACAGAGGUGAGUGUAGGGGUUUAUGCCCCUCGACUUAAAGGAUUGUUAACUCCUCUUGUAGCACGACUAUCCAUGCUUUCCCAAGAUUGGCAAGAGUUUUCUUCGUACAAAGAGCAAUUGAUGGGCUUGUCUCUUGGCUUAAUCUCAACAAAGCACCAUGAUUUAGUAUACACUCUUGGAUGGCGUACCUUAACAGAUCCAUUGCAAAUGUCAUCCAGGUCUAUUAGGAGACAACUUGGGCAUGGUUUGCUAUCAUCAUUGAAGCAUACAUUUAAAAUUGACCGUAGAAACUCACCAAUUAGGCCUACAGAAGGAUAUGCUUUUCUUUCUACCACUCAUUUUGGCGGCCUUACUCCAGAUCAUCGGAGCUUGCGGUUUCUGCGCCAGGAGUUUGAUGUUCGCUAUGCUAUCCCCUUUGGGUUUUAUAAUACAGCACUGAACCUUGGGAUUUCUGCUGGUGCAGUUUUUCCAUGGGGGCAUGAUUUCAUGAACAAGCCAUCUCCCCUUCCUGAAAGGUUUUAUUUAGGUGGUGAUUUCUCUCCAAUUUGCACCCUAGGAGGGCCAAUAACGUUGUGGGGAUUCAAAACUAGGGGAUUAGGUCCUACUGAACCUCGAAGGCAAAGCAGAGAUGUAAUUAAUAAUGACCAUGAUGAUUCCUCUAAAUGGGACUUCAUUGGAGGAGAUCUUGCUGUUACUGCUUUUGCAGACCUCUCUUUUGAUUUCCCAGUUAGAUGGUUGAGAGAACAUGGAAUCCAUGGCCAUGUUUUUGCUGGUGCUGGGAAUAUGGCUAAAUUAACUCAGAAUGGAUAUAAGCUCUUCUCUCCUCGAAAUUUCUUAGAAUCCUUUCGAACAUCGGUGGGAUGUGGAUUUGUUAUUCCUACUAGACUUUUCCGCCUAGAGGGUAACUUCUCCUACGUACUCAGGCAGGAUGAGCAUGAUCGUGGGAAAACAGGAUUUCGGUUCAGCUUCUCAGCUCCUUCAUAAAGGCUGAGUUCACAACUGAUAUUCUUUUUCAUUUUAUGUAGUUCUCAAGCAUUAAACAUCAUUGCUGUCUGUCGCUGGAUGGCUAGUACUAUAUUUUAAUUUCCUUGUCGUUUACAAUCCAGACUGAGAAUCAAGAAAGGGCAUUGUUUCACUGUUGGGGGAUUUAUAGGGUCAGUUUUUUGAGUAGGCAUUACCCCUUGGGGGUCAUAACAUAUAAGCCGAUUCUUCUUGCAUGGCAAAGGUGUAUGAAAUUCGAAAUUCAUGCACUCGUGUACUGCUACUUUAGAAGGCCUCGAUUGGGACUGAGAAUUGUCAAACAUUGUUUGUUCAUCUUAAAUUGCAAAUAACUCCCUAACAUUGGUUGAUAUCAUCCUUGUGGAUAUUUCUGCGUAUUGUCUUCCAAAUGGAAAAACAGCGAAUCGGCUGUAUUUGUUUAUUUGAUGUGUGGUUCGUGAAGCUUUUUGUAAGUAUUAAGGUGUAAAAAUUUGAUUUUCUGUCGGUAUUAUUUAUACUAAUAACAAAAACAUCCAAGCCACGUACCAAAGGCAUCAGCAAGAUCUGGAUAAUUGGUUCAUGUUACUUAUGUCAUGGUGAAGCUAAACCCGAGCAGGUUCUGCAGGAUCUGUUCUCAUGGUGCAGAUGAGGUAAUAUCUUUCGGUAGUUUCUUGUUAUCCUGUGGAAAAGCCUGAAAAGGAAGACGUCGGAUCACUCCCUAGAUUUAAAUAUGUUGCUGAAAUUUCCAUCAAAUGAAAGUAAACACGAAAGGGCUUUGGAGGGUAAUAAAUUCGAGAUCAAUAGCUUCCAGGAAGGGGAACCAGGAGUACCAUGGAUCUCACAUUGUGAAUGAGAUAAUGGUAACAAAGACUGGGUUUUCGUGUUCU